CCCCCCCUGGGAUUCCUGUAGGGAUUGCUCCUGUGAUUUCUUCAGAGAUUUCUCUUGAAAUUUCUUCAGGAUAUCCUCCUGGAAUUCCGUCGAAGUAUUCAUUCUGGGCUUCCUUCAGGGAUUCCUUCGGAUCCUUCGAUUUCUCCUUGAAUUCUUUCGGAGAUUUCUUUUGGAAUUCCUUCGGGGUCUCCUCCUAGAGUUCUUUUGGGGAUUUCUCCUGGAAUUAUUUCGGGGAUUGAUCCUCGAGUUCUUUCGGAAAUUCCUUCUGAACUUCCUUCAAGGAUUCCUCUUGAAAUUUCUUAGGGGAUUUCUCCUGACAUUCCGUUGGGGACUCCCCCUGGAAUUUCUACGGGAACUCCUCCAGCAAUUACUUCGGAGAUUCUACCUGGAUUUCCUUUGGAGUUUCCUCGUGGAAUUUCUGUUGUGAUUCCUCUUUGAAUUUCUUCGGAGAUUGCUCCAGAAAUUUUUCAUUGAAUUCCUCCGGGGAUUCCACCUAGAAUUCCUUCGGGGUUUCCUACUGGAAUUCCUUGGGGAAUUUCUUCUGGAAUUCAUUCGGGGAUUCCUCUUGGAAUUCCUUCGGUGAUUCCUCCUAGAAUUCCCUCACGAAUUUCUUCUGGAACUCUUUCAGAGGAUAUUUUUCGUUGAUCCGUUAUUGAAGUCCUUUGGAGAUUCUUACCCGAAUUCCCUUGGAAGUUCCCUCUGGAGUCCUGCUGGAUUUUUUUUUUGUGGAUAACUGCUGGAAUUCCUUUGGGAUUCACGCAGGAUUAUUUUCGGAAUUUGCUCUUGAAAUUCCUGCGGGGAUUCCUCCUGAAAUGCCUUUGGGCAUUCCCCCUAAAAUUCCUUCGAAGAUUCCUUUUCAAUUUUAUCCACGGGUUCCUCAUGAAAUUUCUUCGAGGAUUCCUCUAAUUUUUUGUUUCGAUGGUUCCUCCUAGAAGUCUUUUGAGGAUUCCUUCACGAAUUACUUUGAAAAAUUCUUUCUGGAAUUUCUUUCGGGGAUUCCUCUUGAUAUUCCGUCGUGGAUUCCACCGGGAAUUCCUUCGGGGUAUCCUCUUAGAGUUCCUUCGGAGAUUUGUCUUGGAAUUCCUUCGUGGAUUACUGCUGGACUUCCUUCAAAGUUUCCUCCUGAUAUUUCUUCGGGUAUUCCUCCUGAUAUUCUGUCGGGGAUUCCUCCUAAAAUUAACACGGGAACUCCUCCUGGAAUAGCUUUGAAGUUUCCUCUUGGAAUUCCUGUGGUGAUUCCUCUUUUAUUUUUUUCGGAAAUUCCUCCUGAAAUUCCUUAGAUUCCUCCUGGAAUUCCUUCAGGGUUUCCUUCAUGAAUUUAUUCGGUGAUUUCUCCAAGAAUUCCUUCGGAAAUUCUUUCUAGAAUUCGUGGAUUCGUCCUAGAGUUCCUUCGAGGAUUCCUUCUUGAAUUUCUUCGGGGAUUCCUUCUGACUUCCUAUGGAAAUUCCUCUUGGGGGUUUCCUCUUAAAAAACCUUUGAGGAUUCCGCUCGAAAUUACUUCGAAGAUUUCUUCCGAAGUUCUUUGGGUGGCUACUCCUGGGAUUUUUCCAUAACGUUCUCCUGUAAUUUCUUCGGAGAUUCCUUCGAAGAUUCUUUCUGGAAUUCCUGCGAGAAUUCCACUUAGAAUUCCUUCGGGGAUUCCUCCUAGAAUUCUCUCAGGGAUUUCUCCUGGAAUUCCUCCAGAAUUACCUCUAAGGUAAUUUUCGUUGAUUCCUCUUAGAAUUCCUUUGUAGACUCUUUUUCUAAUUUUCUUCUAAACUGCCACUUGAAUUCUUUUGAGGUUUCCUGCUGCAAAAUCUUUUGGAAUUUCUCCUGGCUAUUUUUCGUUGAUUCCUCCUAGAAAUCCUUGCUUAAAGGAUUCCUUCUCGAAUUCCCUUAGAAAUUCCCGCUGGAAUUUCUUCGAGGAUUUCUGCUGUAAAUCCCUUAGGAUUUCUUCUUGAGUUCAUUUAUGGAAUCCUCCUGGAUUUCCUUCUGAAAUUUCUCGACAGACUCUUGAACCACCAGAGAUUUCUGCAGUGGUUCCUUCAGGAUUUCAUACAGCAGUUCCUGCAGAGAUAAGCCCAGAAUUUUCUUCAUGGAUUUCUCCAGCUUCUUUCAAGACUCCUCCUGGAAUUCCUUCUGAGAUUCCUCCAUGAAGAAACGAGAUUCCUUCCCUCUGAAUAAAUUAAACAAAAAAUGUAGCAAAAUUUCUAUUGUAUUGCCUUUAAUUGCAAUGCUGUAUUGCAACAUGAACUACACUAAGGAUGCGGGUAUUGUCACAAUAGGUCUAAUCACUGGUCGCAGCAACGGAUCUGAACAGGACUUACAAAAGGUAUUCAUUCAAUGGUCAAAUUUUGGUCACGCCGAUUCACGCCGCCGAAAGAUGCCACCGGCGUGUCGUCGCCGCCGCCGGCCAAAAAUGGUCAUCACGCUGCCGCCGAGCAAAAUAUAGUCGGCGCACAGGUAGGUCUAGGUGGUCAGAAUCAUGAGAUAAACCAUUCCGAAGUACUUUGUUGUAAAUGCACACUGGCGCCACAUAGUGGCGGAAUUACGCACUAAACUUAUCACCAUUUGAUAGCCAUAGACCGCCUGACAAACUUGGCUGAAGACACGAACUUUCUACGUGGUCAGAAUCAUGAGAUAAACCAUGUUAAAGUACUUCAUUGUAAAUGCGCACUGGCGCCAUCUAGCGGCUAAAUAACGCACCAAACUUACGACCAUUUGCUAGCUAUAGACCUUCUGAUCAACAUUGCUGAAGACACGAACAUUCUAGGUGGUCAGAAUCAUGAUAUAAACCAUGUCAAAGUACUUUGUUUUAAAUGCACACUAGCGUCACAUAGCGGCGGAAUUACGCACUAAACUUAUAACCAUUUGAUAACCAUAGACCUUCUGAUCAACAUUGCUGAAGACACGAACAUUCUAGGUGGUCAGAAUCAUGAGAUAAACCAUGCCAAAGUACUUCGUUGUAAAUGCACACUAGCGCCACAUAGCGGCGGAAUUACGCACUAAAAUUACCACCAUUUGAUAGCCAUAACCCUUCUGAUCAACAUUGCUAGGUGGUCAACAUUCUAGGUGGUCAGAAUCAUGAGAUAAACCAUGUCAAAGUACUUCGUUGUAAAUGCACACUAGCGCCACAUAGCGGCGGAAUUACGCACUAAAAUUACCACCAUUUGAUAGCCAUAGACCGUCUGAUCAACAUUGCUGAAGACACGAACAUUCUAGGUUGUCAGAAUCAUGAGAUAAACCAUGUCAAAGUACUUCGUUGUAAAUGCACACUAGCGCCACAUAGCGGCGGAAUUACGCACUAAAAUUACCACCAUUUGAUAGCCAUAACCCUUCUGAUCAACAUUGCUAGGUGGUCAACAUUCUAGGUGGUCAGAAUCAUGAGAUAAACCAUGUCAAAGUACUUCGUUGUAAAUGCACACUAGCGCCACAUAGCGGCGGAAUUACGCACUAAAAUUACCACCAUUUGAUAGCCAUAGACCGUCUGAUCAACAUUGCUGAAGACACGAACAUUCUAGGUUGUCAGAAUCAUGAGAUAAACCAUGUCAAAGUACUUCGUUGUAAAUGCACACUAGCGCCACAUAGCGGCGGAAUUACGCACUAAAAUUACCACCAUUUGAUAGCCAUAACCCUUCUGAUCAACAUUGCUGAAGACACGAACAUUCUAGGUUGUCAGAAUCAUGAGAUAAACUAUGUCAAAGUACUUCGUUGUAAAUGCACACUAGCGCCACAUAGCGGCGGAAUUACGUACCAAACAUUUCACCAUUUGAAGGUCAUAAACCUGCUGAACAACUUUGCCGAAGGUCUAAACUUUGCAGAGCACGCGGUUUUUGAGAUAUAGUUUAGUAAAUCAUAAGGUUUUCAGGUGAUGCCAAACUUUUUGGGGUGCUGCAAUAUUCAAUUGGGGUGUUGCAAUACUAGAAGAUGCGAUUCCAUAUUUAUGGCGGGUAGUGUAGAUAUCAUCCCUUCUCUAUUAUCCCUUCCCAUCCACAUAACGUGUUUCUUAUCGUUUCAGAGAGCGAUCAAUGGCGCUUAAGCCUAGGCUUGUUAGCCAGGACACAUGGUCCAAAUGCCUGUGCCCCAUCCCGGAAGCAAAAAGGCCCAUGGAGUGACAAAUUUCUUAGCUAUGUCACUCCCAACGUUGGCGUUAAAAAAAUCACUUACACUCACAUCAACACAUCUACAUGAUCCACUCAAAUACACUUAUACAAUCUGAAUCUUGCCGCAUCACUCGCUUAUAGUGAAUCCCCAAUCAACCCAUUCCAAAUAUCCAACUCCUUGACACCUAUGGGGGCGCCGGGGAGUCGCUGGCCUUUCAUAAAGUAGGUGUCAUAUCAUCACAUCCUUUCCUUUCCUCGUAACGGAGAAGAUGGGCGUGGCCGGCAAUGGAAGUUCUCAUGUCUUUUUACUUCAACCUCUAGUUAGAUAGCUGUUCCUUCCCAAAUAGCAUUCCAUAAGCAAUUAGAAUAGGAGUACAUAUUAAAGUUUUAACAUGACAACUUUCAGUAUGCAAUCUACGAAUUACUCCGUUACAACGCAACGCAACGCAUAAUGUCCACCCUUAGCACAAAUAACAAACUUCAAAGAACAUCACAUGUUGAAAAGAAGGAGAAAUCUUUGGUGGAAAAACCAGUAUGUUCUACACAAAAACCCGAUGAAAUGAUGAAACUUGAAAGAAGAGGCGAGAUUAAAAGUAAGAAGAAAUCUUUGAUAAAAAAUCAACUGCUUCAACAAUGCCAACGGAAACUACACAACACGGAUCUAUGACAUUUCGUCGAAAGACAUUUGGUCGAAUGACGUUUGGUCGAAUGACAUUUGGUCGAAAGUACAUUUGGUCGAACGGACGUUUGGUCGAAUGGACAUUUGGCCGAAACCCAUAUUAUGGAGUAGAAAACAUGCAUGAAAAAAGAGACGCAUUUAAACGCGUUCAAGUUAAACUCGGCACGCUGCGAUCAGAAAUAUUUAAAAAUUCUUCAGUUCAGUGGAAGUUGGAACGCGAGCGAGGUCUAAAUUGAACGCAGAUACAUAAUUAGGUACAUUCGCAUAAUGCCUGCAUGAUACCCUGGGAUCCUCAAAGCUGAAAUGGUUAUAAUAUCCGCCAUUUUUUCAAAGAUUUGAAUAAUCUUGGGAUUCUAUUCAGAAACUUAUCUUUUAUUGGGAGCAUAUCCGAGUGAACCGGUUAUAUAACUGUGGUUUUCGGAAAAUCCGGAUUUUCAGGAACAUGUUCGGCAUGUCAGCUACAAUAAUUCUCGUAUAAUAGCUGUGUUGUUGUUAACUCAAUCGGACGUGAUUUUGUAUCGCUCAUCGUUUACGUUAAUUUUCCGUUGAAACUGGCUUCGAAAAUCUCGAAUGACACUUGUGUAGUACGAUCGUCUAUAUAUUGUACGUUUCUGCGAUAUUAAUCUUUCAUUGCGUUUACCGUUGUGACGAAAAAUUGCAAUUAUAUUGAUCAUCAAAACUCGCCAUGGAGUGCAAAAAGUGCCUUCUUCCAGUGGUUACAAAAGAUCAACCGUAUGUAUACUGUAAUGCAUUGUGCGCCGCAGUUCACCAUGCCGCUUGUGUUGGAUUGAAUACUGCCGAGCUUGCUGCCGUAUCACCGCCGCACAAGAAUAGUUGUUGGAUGUGCGACGAGUGUUUAGUUGAAUUUGUACAAUGGAGUUAAGAACGAAAUGAGAAAAUGAAUGAGCCGAUCGCCGCAACAGAGCACAAUGAUCCUAAAUGCGCACUACAACGUGACGUUGAUGAGCUGAAAGCUAAAGUAGAUUCAAUACUGUCGGUGAUUACGUCGCAUGAGAAUAAUCACACGGAUGCCUGGAUACGACACUCAACACCGAAAUCAUCGCGACCAAUGGAAUGUGGAUCGAGUGAAGUGACAAAUGCAUCCGAAACUGCGAGUCGGUUACCUGAUUCGAUAUGUGAGAACGAGAACUUCGACUUGUUGCUAACGAAUAUCGAUGGAAGCGUUUCGGAAAAAGAUGUUCAACUCAUGGUUUGUCGCUGCUUGGGCACACGUAAUAAUGAGUGCAUUAAUGUUAUGAAAUUAGUUCGGCGAUGGGUUGACUGCAGUGCAUUCGACUAUAUCUCCUUCAAAAUAGUUUUAAACCGUAAAUGGAAGUCUGUCGCGAUGAUGCCAUCUACUUGGCCUAGAAACAUUAGAUUUCGAGAGUUCAAAAAAGUGAGAUUCCCGUGGAAACCCGAUAUUUUGUAAUUAGUUCCAGUAUUGUAAAUAAUGUGAUUUGAUGGAACAUGUUUUUUUUUUGUAUUGAUGUUUUUUAUUACUGUUUUAAGUCAUUUGUUGUUAAUAGGAAAAUGAUACUUGUUGUGUGAAUUUGUACGAUAUUUGUAGUUAACGAGUCGCAUCUUCUUUGAGUUUGUUCUGGAAAGUUGUCGAGAUUGUUAAAUGUUUUUGUACCUUAGAUUUAAGUCACAUCAUUGAGGCAUACACAGGCCUGUUGGUGUUAAUAAUCAAAUAAAUAAAUAAACAUCAAAGAUA